CUUUUGUUGAUUUAGAUAUGCAUAUUUGAUUCUGUGGUGAUAUUAUCAAAAUUACCUGAGUUUGUUGAAGCUUCCAUUUAUAGCUUUUGUAUUUGAUUAAUUAUUUUUUUGAAAUAUGAGGUUCUUUGGAUGUCAUAAAAUAUAUAUUUUUUCGUAUAAAUGGGCCAUGGAAGAUAUUGUUUGAAAGUAUCUCUUUUUGUCCUGUUCUACGUUUCUGAGGUUGAGGAAUCUUCGUAUCAAAUUUUUUAGAGGUCGUGAGUAAGAAGCUGAAGCUUGCUUUAAUUGAAUCGUGAAUUUUUUAAGAGGUCCUAGUAAACGUUCUGCAUCGAGAUGGCGUCGGUGCAUGCUAAUGUGACAUCAGUUGUUUGCAAGAACGGAAACCAUGCCGCUCAAUCGAAGUUCCUGAAUUCUACAUUCUUGCCUCGGUUUGACGUUGUUGGACGCUCUUCAAAUGCUUGGAAGAAGGAACCAGUUCCAUCUUCCAUGGCUUUGGUGCCUAGAGCCACAUUGACAUUCGAUCCUCCAGCUACUAAUGCAGACAAAAAGAAACAAACCAAGCACACGGUUGAUCCUGCUUCUCCUGAUUUUCUUCCUCUUCCUUCCUUUGAACAGUGCUUUCCUAAGAGCACAAAAGAAUCCAGGGAAGUUGUUCAUGAAGAAACUGGUCAUGUGCUCAAAGUUCCAUUUCGACGAGUUCACUUAUCUGGUGAUGAAUCUCACUUUGAUAACUAUGAUACCAGUGGUCCUCAAGAUAUAAGUCCAACGAUAGGACUACCGAAAUUGCGCAAAGAGUGGAUUGACAGGAGAGAAAAAACAGGUCCUCCAAGAUUCACUCAGAUGUACUAUGCUAAGCAGGGAAUCAUUACAGAGGAGAUGCUUUAUUGCGCCACUCGUGAGAAGCUUGACCCGGAGUUUGUGAGGUCAGAAGUUGCUCGUGGACGGGCUAUCAUUCCUUCCAACAAGAAGCACUUGGAGUUAGAGCCAACGAUAGUCGGAAGAAACUUUUUGGUGAAAGUAAAUGCCAACAUUGGAAAUUCUGCAGUCGUAAGCUCUAUAGAAGAGGAAGUUUACAAGGUUCAGUGGGCGACCAUGUGGGGAGCUGAUACAGUCAUGGAUCUCUCAACCGGUCGCCAUAUCCAUGAAACUCGAGAGUGGGUCUUACGCAACUCUGCCGUACCAGUUGGGACUGUACCUAUUUAUCAAGCACUUGAGAAAGUUAACGGAAUUGCCGAAGAUCUUAGCUGGGAGGUGUUUAGAGAAACCUUGAUUGAACAAGCUGAACAAGGUGUUGAUUACUUCACCAUUCAUGCAGGAGUGCUUCUUAGGUAUAUUCCUUUAACUGCAAAGCGCAUGACGGGAAUAGUUUCCAGAGGAGGAUCGAUUCAUGCAAAGUGGUGCUUAGCUUAUCACAAAGAGAAUUUCGCUUAUGAGCACUGGGAUGACAUACUUGACAUAUGCAAUCAGUAUGAUGUGGCUUUGUCCAUUGGUGAUGGAUUAAGACCUGGAUCCAUUUAUGAUGCAAAUGACACAGCUCAAUUUGCCGAGCUUUUGACACAAGGUGAACUCACUCGUAGAGCAUGGGAAAAGGAUGUACAGGUGAUGAAUGAAGGACCUGGACAUGUUCCAAUGCACAAGAUUCCUGAAAACAUGCAAAAACAAUUAGAAUGGUGUAAUGAAGCACCUUUCUACACUCUUGGCCCUUUAACAACCGAUAUUGCCCCUGGUUACGAUCACAUCACCUCUGCUAUUGGUGCUGCAAAUAUCGGUGCACUUGGUACGGCUCUUCUCUGUUACGUGACACCAAAAGAACAUCUCGGGUUGCCAAACCGAGAUGAUGUGAAGGCUGGAGUUAUAGCUUACAAGAUAGCUGCUCAUGCUGCCGAUUUAGCCAAACAACAUCCACAUGCUCAAGAAUGGGACGAUGCAUUAAGCAAGGCGAGAUUUGAAUUCCGAUGGAUGGACCAGUUUGCUUUAUCUUUGGAUCCAAUGACAGCCAUGUCCUUCCACGAUGAAACGUUGCCUGCAGAUGGUGCGAAGGUGGCUCAUUUCUGCUCGAUGUGUGGCCCUAAAUUCUGCUCUAUGAAGAUAACCGAGGAUGUGAGAAAGUAUGCUGAGAAACAUGGAUAUGGGGAUGUCGAGGAAGCUUUGAAAGAAGGGAUGAAUGCUAUGAGUGCCGAAUUUAUAGCUGCGAAGAAAACUAUCAGCGGAGAACAACAUGGUGAAGCUGGUGGAGAGAUUUACUUGCCCGAAUCUUACAUCAGUUCUAAGGAAGGGGCUAUAUAAAUGGAGAAAACCAUAUGAGAGAACUUGGAGAUAGCUACUACACAACUUACCUGAAAGGAUAGUGAAGUCUUUUUCAUUUUCCAGUUAUAGAAUAAUAGUUUGUGAACAACAUUUAAGAACUUCAUCUUUUAUUCUACUUCUGUUGUGUUAUCCAAUUCUCAGCAAUAAACUGCAUUAUUACUAUUAUCAAA